UUUUCCUGUUUCCCCUGCUCAUCAUUUCCUCUUCUCCUUCCCGUAGCCCCGCCUUUCCUCCGCCGGGCGCAUGCGGGCUUCAGAACACCGCGCGCUGGAAGGCGAUGGCGUUUCGAAGUGCGGGGCUGACGCGGUACUUGCUGGUCUUGGCGCAAGAGCACUUGGAAUUCCGGCUGCCGGAAAUCCAAUCUUUGAUUUCCCUCUGUGGUGGACGAUUCAGCAGUGAAGAGGAACUGAGAUUAAAGUCUCCAUUUUGGGUUAUUAGCCUGCCUUCAGAAGAGAUGGCUAGAGGAAUAAUGAAGCGAACAGUAUGUGCAAAAUCUAUAUUCGAACUGUGGGGCCUUGGGAAAUCUGUAGAAGAGUUGUACUCAUCCUUGAAGAAUUAUCCAGUAGAGAAAAUGGCGCCAUAUUUGCAGUCCAACAUUACAUACAAAAUAAAAGUUCAGGCUUUUAACAAAACGCUAACACAAAUAGAGAAGAUUCAAAGGAUAGAUUCACUAGACUUUUUACCAUUUGAAGGAAAAGUGAAUUUAGAGAAACCAGAUCAUAUAUUUGGGUUUCUAGAAGAUUAUGGAACGGAUCCAAACAAUAUCCCAGAAAAGCCAGUUGUCUUGUAUUUUGGGAGAUGGAUUGCAAAUGGCCAAAGGGACCUCAUUGAGUCAUACAGUGUAAAAAAGAGGCAUUUUAUUGGGAACACAAGUAUGGAUGCCUGCUUGGCAUUUAUCAUGGCAAACCAUGGGAGAGUAAAAGCAAAUGAUGUUGUAUUUGAUCCGUUUGUGGGAACAGGUGGACUUCUUAUAGCUUCAGCACACUUUGGAGCAUAUGUAUGUGGAACAGAUAUAGAUUAUAACACAGUACAUGGACUAGGCAAAGCUAGCAGAAGGAGCCAAAAGUGGAGAGGGCCUGAUGAAAAUAUUAGAGCCAACCUUCGGCAGUAUGGUUUGGAAAACCACUAUCUUGAUGUAUUACUUUCUGAUGCAUCAAAGCCUAUAUGGAGGAAGCAAGUACAGUUUGAUGUAAUAAUCACAGAUCCUCCAUAUGGCAUACGAGAAGCCACCAGAAGAACUGGUUCACAGAAGGAAAUGGCUAAAAUAGCAGAAAAGGGCACUGAAAAUCAUAUCGCAGUUUCUUCAAAGUAUCGUCUGUGUGACAUCCUGUUCGAUCUGUUAAAAUUUGCGGCUGAAUACCUGGUGACUGGAGGAAGACUGGUCUACUGGCUUCCUGUGUACAAACCUGAAUACACAGAAGAGAUUAUACCCCAGCACCCAUGUCUGAAACUUAUUAGCAACUGUGAACAGACACUUUCCAGUCACAUGUCAAGACGCCUGAUAACCAUGGAAAAGGUGAAAGAAUUUGAGGAUGAAGAUCGUGACUCUUACAUAUUGGAUAAUCAGUGUCUGCUAUACAAAAGUCAUAAUUCCUUUCGAGAUAAAUAUUUCAGCGGAGUAACAAAGAGGAUGGCCAAAGAAGAAAAAGACAGCCAGAAAUAAUUAUUUUUAAGACUGGAAGCAAAUAACUCGCAAGAUUUGCAUUUGGCUAUUGAAACAUCUGGACCUCAAUAUUAUGUGGAUGCUUGAGAGAACAACUACUGUUUUUAAUUUUUUUUAAAUUCAAAGCAAAAGCCACAACAGAAGAACAGUUCCUUUUCAUUAAAUUUGUUUAUACCAGAUUAUUGCACAACCUUUUAAAAAAAUUCUUAUUUAAUUUAUUUUUGUAUUUCAAGUUCUAAUAAUGAUUGACUACAGCCAUUAUUGCUAUUAUACUUCUAGGCCAGUAUCUUUGCAAAACCUAGUAGUAUUGUUUGGCUUCUUAAACUCUGAACAUCUGGAAACCUGAAACAGACAUAAAAUAAUGAUUUUUUUUUAAAAAUUGCAGAUUUGAUUUCAUUUGGUUUCAUCUUUUGUGAGUGAUAGCUAAUAAAGUCAGCAAAGGGUUGUUGCUAAGUUUUAAAACUGCAGAAUGCUACAGUAGCUUCUUAUUUCUUAUUAACAUCUAUGAAGUGGGAGGGGGGGAAAUCCCUGUUUUUUCCAUCCAGGAUGCAGAAGCUAAUAAGACCCCCAAGUCCAGGAUAUGUUUAAAAUUCA